AUGCCUCGUUAUCAAGGAAUGGAGGAUUUUCUAGCCACUUGCGAAGAGGAGAUGCACCGUUCUUUCCAUGAAGGUGAGGACGCCAUCGUUACUUUCUCUCAGGUUGGCGAACGCACCUUCCAGAGAAACUUUCUAGACUCCGUACAUAAGAUCUUGAGAUCCUGGAAAAGCUACGAUUAUGAGUCUCACACUCUUCAAUUCACGAUGGCUGAGUCUCCCGAACACGCUCAUGCUGCAACUACAUUCAGCGACAUGGUUGCUCGGUGGCGGCCACAAUCAACACGACGUGUUCUGCUUAGUUCAGGUGCAUGCCCAUUUGAGACAUCGCAAGAGACCAGGACCGGCAAGCCCAAGGCAAGGAAACCUGAUGGUUCCUGGCACCCUAGAACUCAAUUUCCGGGACCUCCGAGUGUUGUUCUAGAGUGCGCGAAGUCUGAAUCACGACGUGAACUGAUGACGAGCGUUAAGUUUUGGCUCCAUGAAGCCCGAAGCCAGGGUCUUGAAGUCGAGGUGGUUGUCACAAUUCAAGUCAAGCCCUUGAGCGUGGACCUUGAAAAAUGGAAAUUCGACAGAAAAAGGGACUAUCGCUGUGAAGGAAAGAUGACUGUUAAGAGAGCAAACUUAACUUCCACUUCGGACUCACUUCAGGUCUCUGGGGCAUCUUUCCAGCUCACCUUCCAGGAGCUCACCAGGAUGAAACCGCAGAGAAAUCACGAUUGCUCUAACCUCUGCAUAAAUCGACGAGAUGCAGGAUCCAUUGCUCAGGCGAUCUGGAUCUUAUAA